CGAACGCUGUGACACACGUUCCAUUACACUUCACGGUGUCAAGCAAGCAGCCAACAUAUAGACACACGACUGCGGGAAGGGUCUCCCCAAGAACCCAACACAAUGUAUUCAACAACAGCCUUUACGCUGUUAGCUCUGCUAGCAAGUGCACUGGCAGGGCCAAUCACCUACCAGUCACGCGAUGAAACGACAUCCUGCGCCAGACGAUGCCGAGACAUGAACAAGUUCAACUACCUCCCAGGAACAACCUAUGAAUUCGAUUAUAAUGUUCAGACACAUACAUCUAUGGAAGGAGCUUCUGGUGAUCAAGCGACUCUUGGUAUCCGGGCAACUGCUGACAUUGAGGUGCUGUCUAAGUGCGACAUGGCUCUUAGGCUGCGAGAUGUGAAGGUAUAUCAGUCUGAUCCAUCAACCUCUACACCAAUGAAAUACGCUGAUGAGUCAGGCGAGUUCAGAAGGAAUCUAGAGCGAUUCCCCCUCCGCUUUUCCUUCCAAGAUGGCAUAGUAGAAGAACUGUGUCCAGCUGAGGGUGAAACCACAUGGGCUCUCAACAUCAAGAGAGGUCUUCUCACUGCUGUUCAGAACAGUAUGGAUAACCUGGAAAAGAACCAGAUAGUACAAGAGAGUGACGUCACAGGCGAGUGCAACACCAACUACACGGUGGCAUCACAUGGCUGGUACUCUACAACAAUUAAGAAGACCAAGGAUCUCCUAGGUUGCACUGAUCGUAAUGGUUAUCACAGUUCCGUCCAUGGCAUGCAGUACAGAGUUCCUUCAGAGAUCCAGUCUCUGCCCCUCAUGAAGAGUACACACGAAUGUGAACAAGAACUGGACAAGAAUGGACUCCUCAAGAGUGCGCUCAUCCGGGAGACCCACACAUUCAGACCUUUCUCCAGGGCCACCAGCGGUGCCACCACCAAAAUCCUUCAGAGACUCAACUACAAGACUCAGAGAUCUGGUGUUACCACAAGACAAGAUUACAUUCGGAAUCGGGUAGGAGUUGUGUUUGAACAUGCCUAUGGACCAGGAAACAAAGACCAACCAAUGAGAGAUGCUGAGAGUAAACUGCGAGAGAUCUGUCAGAAUACACGCGAGGAUAUCCGCCCCGACACUCCACGCUUGUUCUCUGAGCUUGUGUACAUCAUCAAAAAUCUGGAUGUUGAUAACCUUAGAAGUGUCUACCAGCAAGUAAAGUCUGGAGCUACCUGCACUGACAACAGCGAGAGAGUCAAGAAGUUUUUCCUGGACACUAUCCCGAUGGCCAGUACACGUGCAUCUGUUACGUUCUUGAAAGAAAUUCUGCUAAAAAGAGAAGUCACUGGUGCACAGGCAACCAUGUGGAUCACUUCCCUGUCUCUCAUCCACUACCCAACACUGGAGAUGUUGCAGGAAGUAAAGGCGCUUCUUGACACCCCACAGUACAGCAAGGCGGCCAUGCUUCCGAUCUCCACUAUGGUCAACAACUAUUGCAACCAUCAUGAAGCUUGUUCUGAGGAAUCCACUAUCACACGUAUCAUCUCUACCAUGGAGAAGACCAUUGGUUAUGGCUGCUACAUCAGAGAUUCUAAUCUGGAGACUAGUCUUGUUGCACUUCGUGCUCUCGGAAAUGCAGGCCAUGUGGACAGACUGACCACUACGCUUAGCAGCUGCUUCAACAAACAAGCCAACCCAAUGGAGGUCCGAGUAGCUGCAAUCCAGGCCUACAGAAGACUACCAUGUACUGCCGAUAGAAGUGAAGUAAUGACCAUCUACCAAGAUUCUGAUGAGGACUCUGAGUUGAGAAUUGCUGCCUACUUGGCUGUGAUGCAGUGCCCAUCUGAAGACGUCUUGAGUACAAUCCAAGGAACUCUCGAAUCUGAGAAAGCUAAUCAAGUUGGAGCCUUUGUCUGGUCUCAUCUUACCAACCUGAUGGAAACAUCCAGUCCACAGAAACAGACCAUCAGACGAAUCCUGGAGGACAAAACCCUCGGAAGGAAUUUCGACCUCUCAACACUCAAGUAUUCACGCAACUAUGAAGGCUCUCUAUUUCUGGAGAAGUUCAACACUGGUGCCAUGCUGGAGAGUAAUGUCAUCUUUUCAGAUAAAUCCUUCAUUCCUCGUUCUGCUAUGCUCAACAUGACAGUUGAUCUCUUUGGGAACUCUCUCAAUCUCUUUGAGCUGGGUGGACGCAUGGAAGGAGUGGAGUAUCUCAUUGAGAACUACCUUGGCCCAUACAGCUACUUUGGAGGAAAGGCAGCCAAGAAACCAAAGAGCAAUGUCAACCUUGAUCACCUCAGAGGAGACUUGUACAUGAGGAUCUUUGGCAAUGAAAUGUACUAUGAUCAUUUCAAAGGCGUAGAUCCAUUGGCAUCUAUCAAGAACUUCAACUUUCUUGACUUCCUCAUCAAGAUGUCCAAGAAACAAGACUACUCUUUCACUCAGAGUAUGAUGAUCCUGGACAGCAGCAUGAUCAUCCCCACCAGCUCCGGUCUUCCCCUCAAUCUCACCGUCAACGGAACAGCAACCAUCGACCUUCAGGCCUCUGGUCAAGUCGAUCUCCGAAAAAUGACAACUUCACCAAGCAGUCUCCUCAUUGAGGGACACAUCAAGCCAAGUGGAGCUAUCAAGAUUGUUGGCACGAUGAGCAUGGAUGCCUUCGUCACCAAAACAGGUCUUAGAGUUGUCAACACCUGGCAUUCCAGCACUGCCUUGAAAGGGCGUGUAGAACUCAGCCGAGGAAAGAUUCUUAGUGCAGACAUUGACUUUCCUCAACAGAAGAUGGAAAUCCUAGAUGUCAACACAGAGUUCUUCAGCAUUCAUGGUGAUCAGGAGAAGAAACAAGACUUGGUCUCAGGCAACAGAAAGAAGCUGGAACUGUGCACAGGUGCCAGACUUGCCACCAUUACCGGCCUUGAGCUCUGUAAUGAGUUCCAGUGGCCUAAUGCUUCUAUGGUGGAUAAUGCUCCAUACUUCCCCUUCACAGGGCCCUUCUCCCAAAGCCUAGUUCUUUACAAGAGGGACACACACACUGGCUACAAGCUCAUGGCUAAACAAUCAGUGAAUCAGUAUUCCUCUGUAGCUCAGAUAGCUGUGAACACACCUGGAUCCAGAACUGACCGAUCUUUGGCUUUCGACUUUCUUCUAAAUAAAAAAGAUAAAGACCUUGAAAUCAACCUAGCAUCCCCAUGGAAGAAGGCAGCAUUCAAAGGGUCCAUGGCAUAUGAAAGUAACAAGAUAGGCACAAGGGGCAAUCUGAUUGUCGAUGAAUCUUCAGAAUAUGGUAUCAUCAGUGAAGUGGGUAUCAAGAAAGUAAAGACAUUUGUUACCUACAUCCCCCGAGUGGAGAUCAGACGUCCUGGAGCCAAAGUCAUCCUACUCAGUGGCACAGUUGAGGCUGAAGCACUCAAGAGAGCCAGUGUUGAGUUAACCCUUGCUGGGGUAACACCAAAUGCAAUCAGCUUUAGAUCUGCCUUACUAAACUCUAAAAUUGAGAAGAGUGUGAUGGGUACCUUCAAUCUUGCUCCAAAGCAGGACUACGUUCUCGAGGCUGGUUUGGUGUACCAGAACAGUGGCAGGAAGAAGUCCAUCAUCAAGGUCAUCCCAACAUUGACGGUGAAGACCCCAAAAGUUGAGGUCGUCUCACUCUCUGGUUCAGGAGACUACAAAGAGGGCAAAUCACUCAAGGGCAGUCUGUCUCUAGAUGUCCACAAGGUCUUGACCAAACCAAUCACUCUCAAAUGUAACAUCAAGAAGACAGGUGGUACCAAAAGCAAGUACACUGGAAGUGUAACGGUGUCCUCCCAUUUUCUGGUCACCAAGGUUAGUGGCAACGUGCAGACCAAGAUGAACACAGUCAGCUCCUUUAUAACUCUCGACUACAACCUGCCUAAGAUCCGAAGUAUCAAGAAGGACAAGAUCACAUUCAGCUCUAAAUACACUGAUCGUAGCACCAAGUCCCUCUGGAACUACCAGCUCAACACAAACUUCGAAGACAAGAGAUUCCCUCAGGUGAACUUCUUCACAGAUAUGGACUUCUCUCACAACAAGAAACACACAGAAGCUGGUGCAGCUUUCAGAUAUGGACCCAAAUCCAAGGACUCCUCCCGCCAGAUCACAGGUUAUGCUCUAGUCAACCAUGACAUGGGCUCCAAAGCCAAAGUUGACUACACAAUGAAAACUACUCUGGGACCACUGGAUGUAAAAUUGAGCCUGAAAGGAAAGCACGCCCAAGACAGUCGCAAUCUGAAUUCCUCCAUGACAUUUGCCUAUGGCAAAGGAAAUACAAUUGAUGCUGCUCUCAAUCUUAGAAACAGUGGAAAAAGGACACUUUAUCUCUUGGGUGAAGCUAGCCUCUCCUAUCCAGGCAAAGAACUACGCCUGAAUACCGAUCUAAUCCAGUCAAAGAAAGACUACACACACUCCAUGACCUUCUACAUGGAUAAAGAAAAGUCUACCAUGGUAACAACCUACAAAAGACAGAAGGAUACAGCCCACCAGGUGAAAUCUAACAUCAACCUACAUAACAUCCAGCCAAUCCAACUCACUGCUUCCACUAACCUGGAUAACAAAGACCUCAAGGUUUCUGCUCAGGCUGAUUAUGCUGGCGAGGUUUACGGAAUCAACACAGGCUAUAAAUACUCCAAGACAUCAUCUGCCAAGUGGAGCAUGGACAUGACAUACCCCACAAGACAUGUCAUUCUUCAGGUCGAAGGGGGAAAGCGAGGUGUCACAUAUGAGGGCUCUGCUGAUGUUAAGUGGGAUGCUGAUAAGGACAUUUCCAGGAGAUUCCUCCUCACAGGAAAACUCAACCUCAAGUCACUUGGCAAUUUCGCUUCCACUGUUGCAAUGAAAUACCCAACCAGAGAUGUGGAGUUCAAUAUCAAACAUGCUAGUGGUGAACAGUAUACAACCCGUGCUGAUUUCUCUUGGGACACUGACAAGAAGGUCAAAGUAGACACAUCUUUCAAAAGGGUCCCAAGACGAAAUGGGCAGUCACUUGAUGGCUCUGUGAGAGUGAAGACACCAUUUGAAGGAUUUGAGGAACUAAUGGCCCAGGCCAGCAGUGACAACGAUGACAAAAAAUAUGGCUCUACCAUGCAAUUCUCCUGGGGUGGAAAGAAGAAUCAGAUCUCUUCUGCUGUCAGCAUGAAGAAACCCUUCUCUGUAAGAAACAUAGACCUCACUAUCACAGGAACAUCCCCUUUCAAGGGAUACAGAAGGUUCAGCACCGAAGUAGCUCACAGAAUGACAACUUCACUCACCACUAUCAUGAAGGGAAGCUUAGAGGGAAAGAAUGCCAAGCUCAUUAUGACUGGAGAGAACCGAUGCACUGACCAGAAAAGGGACAUUGAGGGUACUGUGACUUUUAAGUCCAACUUCAAGGGAAUGCGAGCUGUUAAUCUCCGUCUUUCUCACAAUGAUGAUUUAAGAAAGUUUGUGAGUGACAUUGCACUGGAUGUCAAUGGUGAUCAAUACAUCUAUGACUUGGAUAUGAACCACGCAAGAUCUGGAUGGCAGUUCCAAAACACUGGCAAGCUCACACUCUCUUCUCCAAGCUACCAAUUCACCAACAACUGGCAACACAGAAAUACUCACAAUGAUGUGAAGAGUACAAUGACAACAGAAUGGGGCAGAGACAAACGUAUAUUUGUCAACAUAUUUGGAAACCAUGCUUCAGCCACCAGAACAAAGGCCUUAGGAGGAGUGACAAUUGAAACACCAUGGGAACCAAUCCGCAAUAUUGACAUCAACCUUGACCAUGAACAUGGAAGAGGUUUUAUCCGACACUCGUCUAACAUGAAGCAGGGAGAGAAUAUGAUUGGAUCAGCGGGUAUCAACUACAUUAGAUCCAAUGGGCAAACAGAGUCUGAUUUUACACUGGCAUCACCCAUGACCAACCUUAAAGGGAAGAUAAAUGCUCGCUAUGUAACUUAUCCACUCUCGGGUCAUGCUGAAUUAGAAUGGUCUCCAUAUAACAAAUUAUCGCUCGAUGGUUCCUUUGCUGCUCCAUCUACCCAGGAUAUUGAAACAAGUCUGAGGAUGACAAGUCCUUUUGAAAACUUCAGAGAUAUUGUCGUGAAGGCAUCCCACAAGAAGGAAGGCUCUGAUUUGAUAUCCAGAGGAAGCUUCAGCUAUGACAUAAGAAAGUCCUUUGAGUUUGAAGCACACAUCACACCUGAUAGUCUCAACAAUUACCGGGCAACACUGAAGACUCCAUUUGAUGACUACAAAUCUUUGGAAGCAGGACUUUCAUUCAAUGGUGACCAUAGAAACUUCAUGAGCAAAGCUAACUUUGCUAUCACCCCAGUCCUGGGCAACUUUGCUGGAGUCUUAAACUGGAACCUAGAUGAUAUGAAUGGAAAAAUGAGGAUAGAUACUCCCUUCCACGAGUAUCAGUACUUGCAGGUGUUUGCCAGCAGUGAGAAUACAAGCAAGGGAAGACGUUCACACAUUGAAACUGAAUACUACCCAAGGAAAACUAUUAGCCUCGAUGCUGUCUAUGCCAUUGGAACCCCCAUUAUUAUUGACGUCACCAUCAAGACUCCAUUUGAAAGAAUGGAACACAUGAGUGCAUCCCUGAAGCAUGCACUGAGAAGACGUUCAUUACAAACACAUGCUGAUCUUUCGUUUGCUUCAGACAACAACCUGGCUGGUGAUCUGAAACUGAACUGGGCAAAGGGAUAUGAUGGCAGUCUGGUUAUCACCACACCUUUCUCUGGUUAUGAAAUGAACAAGCUAUCGUUAAGACAUGAGGGCAACUGGGAUGACGUGAAGAGCCAUGGAGAAAUAGAAAUGGCAAAGAAAACUGGGGAAGUGGACCUAGAUUUUCAUAAUGGUUUUAGAUCAACUGGGGUGUUCACACUGAAGACACCAUUCAGUGGCAUGACAGAAACUAAAGUUUCAUUCAACAAGCGUGGCUCUUUGGAUAACAUACGAGGAGGUAUAAUUAUCACCUAUGGACAAGAUCAAACCAUUGACAUCUCUGGCCAGAACAGAUUUUCCAACGGACGCCUGGACACAACACUUCUUCUCAAAUCCCCCUUUUCUGAUAACAUCAAGUUUGUCAUUGAUCAUGAUGGUCAAUUAAGAAGUUUCUCCACUAAGGUAUCUGGAGCAGUUGGUUCACGGCACUCCUUCAACUCAGAGUCAGCAUUCACUUUCAGAUAUCCAUUGAUAGAUCUAUCUACCAACUUUGGCUACACAAAAGAUUGGAGGGGCAGAAACAUUGGACUCAAGCUUCACAAAGAAGGUUACAUUAGUGACAUGAACGCCAAAGCCAGUGGAAUUCUGGACAAUGAACAAGUUGAUAUUUCCCUUAUGCUAAAGACAGAUGGCAAAAUUGAAGGAUCUCUUACCAUGCAAACACCAUUUGACGACUACAAAGAUGUUGGACUUUCUCUUCAACAUUCUGGUAACAUGCAGAGGUUUUCAAGUCAAGGCACUAUCAGGUACAUGGAUGGCAAGUCUCUGGAAGGCACACUUACUUUGUGGCAAUCUGGACUGGCUCAUAUUGAUACCAAAGCAGAAAUCAAGACUCCCUUCCUUGGAUAUGAAUCUUCACUUCUCAAAUACCGCCAUUCUAUCGAUGACACCCAAAUGACAUCAAAUGCUCUCAUUCUCUAUGGACGUGGACAACGAAUUACAUCUGAUCUCAGUAUCGAAACAUCACCUAAGAUCAGUUUUGAUCUUACCAUUCAAACACCCUUCAACAGAUUCCAAAACAAUAAACUUGUGUUUAGUCAUUCCGGACCACUUAUCAGCUGCACAAGUCAUGCACAAAUGGAAAUCCUGGAGAAAUCAAUCUCUGCUGAUUCAUCAUUUGAUCACGGAACUACUACCGUGGCUAGUCUCUCCAUCAUCUCUAAUAUCGAGGGUAUGGAAAUGGUCAAAGCAUCUUUCAACAAGGAGGGAAGCAGCGACAACUUUAGAGGUACUGCCUCAGCCUCCCUUAAGGAUUCCACCAUUGAAGCCGAUAUCACAGGUAAAAUUGCUCAAGACAUCAGAGGAACCUUUUCUCUUAGAACACCUUUCAGAGACUUUAGAGACACAGCCAUUGUCAUUGAACACACAGGCAACUGGAAUGACUUUAAUAGCGAAGGACUGCUCCGUUACAUGGAUGGCAAAACAAUUGAGGGCAAAGUUAAGUUCUCCCAUAAUGGAUACAGGCAGAUGAAAACAAGUGCCGAGCUGAAGACACCCUUCACUGCAUUUGAAAUGAUGACAGUUGAAUAUGGACAUGAUUCCAGGAGCAAUUACUUUAAAUCUAACUCAGCAGUCACCUAUGGCAACGGACAGAGAAUUACAUCUGACAUCUCUGCAGAUACAUCCAGAGAUAUCAAUGUAAAUGUUGUGCUCAAAACUCCUUUCAGGAACUUUGAACUUAGCAGAGCAAUGUUUACUUCUACUGGUCCUCUCAGAAAUCUGAAAAGCAAUGCAGAACUUGAGUUUGCCAAGACCAGACUUACUGCACAGACCAACUUUGCAAACAUGGAAUCAACAAAAGGCAACCUCAUUAUCACAACAAACAUUCCUUGUUAUGAAAGCAUGAAGGGUUCCAUUGGUGUGGAGGGUGAUCUCACUGACCUGAAAAGCACAGCCCUUCUUAACAUUAAGGAUUCUACACUAGAGGUAGAUCUUAGUGCCAGUUUAAAGAACAGCAUCAUGGCAUCUUUGACGAUCAGGAGUCCUUUCCAGAACUUCAGAAAUGUUGGAGGGUUUAUCCAGCACUCAGGAUCCCUAUCCCGCUUCAAUACUGAAGGAAAUCUUCGCUACAUGGAUGGAAAGGUUGUUGAAGGCAAGGUCGUCUUCUUAACAUCUGGACUGACACACAUUCAAGCCAGCACUGAGAUAAAAACACCUUUCCAAGGAUAUGAAAGCCAAUCUGGGGAAUACAAACAUUCAGUAAAGAAUGGCCGUCUUAGCUCCAACAUGGAUGUUACCUAUGGUCAAGAUCAAAAAGUACUUAUGACUGUAAAUGGCAUGAUGUCACCAGCAAUUGACAUAAGCGCUACACUCAAAACUCCUUUCACAAACUUUGACAACAGCAGAAUCAUCUUCACUCAUGAGGGAUCCAUUGGCAACUGCAAGAGUCAUCUGGAAGUACAAGCCAUUGGAAAGUCAUUCACUGCAGAGUCUGAUGUCCAGACUGGAAGUUCUAUGAGAGGUAACCUGAAUAUUGUCAGCAACAUUCAAGGCCUGGAAAGCAUGAGGGUAUCUUACAGUAAAGAAGGGGAUAUCAAUAAUCUCAAAGCUAAAGGAUCCAUUGGAAUCAGAGAUGAAACAUUAGAAGCAUCUGUCAACAACGUCUUUAGUUCAAGACGACUCUUGACUGACUUAUCCAUCAGAAACCCAUACACAGAAGAUAUUGAUGUGCAUCUAGAUUUCAACGGGAGACCAACCAACUUCAAAAAUCAGAUGUCUGCCAGCAUAGGCACUGGUGGUUCCAUCUCAACUGACUCAUCCUUCCGGGUUAGAAAUGGUGAUAUUGACAUCAGCUCAGGAUUUACCUUCAAUCUGGCAGGACUUGGGCAGACAGGAAACAUCAAAUUCCACAAAGAAGGGGAGCUGAGGAAUAUGAAGAUGAGUAUCAAUGGUGACUACAACCAGAGGAAAGCAAGUAUGAAGGCCGAAUUCAGAGCAAUGGAUGAUGUUCAUGGUGAGGUCAAAAUCUUAACACCAUUCAGACCAUACAGAAACAUUGGCUUCUCUUUUGAUCACUCUGGUACAUGGAAUCGUUUUACUUCUCAAAGUAUGGUCAAAUUCAUGGACAGGAGACAGAUCACCGCGAAAAUCAACCAUUUCAACCAUGAGCUUGAUCGUCUAGAAAGUAGCUUAGAAAUCAAUACACCUUUCCAAGGCUAUGAAUUCACCAAGGCUGAGAUCGAUCACACUGCAACAACUAAUGGAAUCAACUGUAAUGCUGCUGUACAGUAUGCACAAGGGCAGAAACUUACAGGAGAACUCCAUGCAACAACCUCACCAAAGUAUGACGUGGAAGUCAAACUGACUACACCGUUUAGAAAAUAUGAGGUUCUCUCUGCAUCCACAUCAUUUGAGUAUGGUAUUGAAAGAUACAAUCUAGAGAGCAAACUGAAUGCUGGAAACGGCAAUCGCUUUGGUCUUGAGUCAACUAUUGACAUGUCUACCACGCCCUACACUGCUGUUGCACGAAUCUCAACACCAUUUGAAAACUUGGAUUCUGCUGAGAUCUCUUUAACACAUGCUGGUGAACUGAGGAAGUUUAGGUCCACAGGCACCAUACAAACUCCAAUGACUGGUAUUCUCACAGGUGAAGCAUCUCUCGGCUACUCAUCUCCAUUAGAAAUGGAAGGUUUAAUAUCUCUUUCCAAUGAUAUCAAACUGGCUCUUCACAACACCAUCAGAAACAAGAAAUACCAAUCUCACAUUGAGGCGUCAUGGAGCCCCAGGGACCAAAUAGCUUUUGAUGGAUCCUACCAAUUCCUUGAAAUAUACAAUGAGAAACAACUGACAACAGAUUUCACCCUUGUUACGCCAUUUGAAACUGCAAAGGUGACUGCUCUUAGGUUUGAACAUCAUCAAGGAUCAGACAAAUAUACAGAGAAGCUGGAAGCCGAUUACAAUGGUGACACUGUUCUGGAUAUGGACAUGGAGAUCUCCCGAGGCUCAAGGGAGCAGGGAACAUUCACAAUGAGGACACCAAGACCAAUGCAGCUGACUCUUUCAGGGGAAAUAGCUGAUAAGAACAUCGAUGGAGAGAUGUUUGUCAACUGGGACAGAGAUGAACCCGAGAGCAACAUCCGAAUCCAGACCACACUGACAGAUAGGAGCAGACAGUCUCUUUUGAACAAAGACCUGACACUAAAGUUUAUCCAUCCAUCCCGCACUGUUGGUAUCAUUGGAAAUGUCCUCACUUCACAGCUCCAGACAAAGAGUCGUGGAGAAUUCAUCUGGAAUGAAGAUGCAGGUCACAAACUAUUCUAUGAUGUGGAUGUAAAGGAUCGUAGCCGUCGCUACAGCAAGAUGUUUGAUGGCUCCUUCAAAGUGGGAUCCCCUCUGAGAAGUCUCCAAAUGGAUGGGUCUUACAGUCAGACAGGUGCAAGCCAAACUGUGGAUGGAGCCUUCUCCUGGGAUGCAGACAGAGAUGACACAAAGAAGAUUGGCAUGAAAGCAGUCCUCACACCUGGUGACAAAAACAAGCAGGCAGACCUCUCUCUCAGACUUCCUUCUAUUGGCAAGAACAUCCAGAUCGACACAGAAAUGCUGCUGAAUGAUGGCAGGACUGUCUUCAAUGGAAAAACACAAGUGUCCUACUCCAGUGACUCCCGAAAAACCCUCACCCUUACAUCUCGAAUGGAUGACAUUUCCUAUGGCUAUGGUAACACCAACUACAGCUUUGUGGUUGGCAUUAGCCACCCAUAUACAGAUGUGGACGUCAAACUAACAUCCCAUAUUGGUAGCUCCAGUGAGAAAGUAUCUGCUGGAACUGGAAUGACCUACCUGACAGCCAGGAGGGAAAGAAAGAACUUUGCCCUCAGAGGAGAGAUCAACAAACUAAGAAAGCAGAUACAACUGCAGAUGGAGACCCCAAUCAAGAACAUGGAACUUUCUGGUGAGAUGGAGGAGACCCCUUUCAAGCUGAAGAUCAGGAAUAUGUAUGGGGAAAAGAUUGUCCAAGCCCACCUUACUGUUGAUGCUGAAAGGAGAAUGGUGGACUUCCAAACUAACUACGAUCUGGACAACCCUGGAAAAACACUGAACAUGAAUGCCAGAUAUGUCAACUCAAGUGCCAUGCAGGCUGAGGUUUAUCAUCAGGAGAAUUCCCGUCGAGUGUCUGAUAGUCUAGUUGCACUCAGACUCAACACAUCCCGUCUGCUCCAUACCAGGAUAUCCUGGAGGCCACAAAUGAUCGCCGAUGUUCAGGAAUACUUGACCAAGAAGGUGGAGACAUAUGGGCAAAAUACAAAGACCGCUUUCCACUCUGUGUACGAGUCUGUGGGACAGGAGUUGUCAGGCAAGUACCACCGGAUUGCACAAGCCACCAAGGAGGAACUGUCUCCUUACCUAACCAUGUUGGAAUCAGAAAUGGCUACCAUAGAGAAACAGCUGGACUCUAUCAGGAGGGAUGUCAAGCGCAUGUACGACCGUAAUGACUUCUACAUGGCAGCCAUGGGAGAUCACUUCAACCAGGCAUUCCAAGCCUACAAGGAUCUUGUGACUUCGACAAAGGAAGUGUUUGCUUCCACUAAUCAGAAACUAGCUGAAUAUAUGGAGGAGAUGACAAACGUCCCCAUUGGACAGAAAUAUCAGGCUAUCGUUGCUGAAACACUCGUCAACUUUAAGCGUGGUGUGGACGAGCUUGUCAUAAACACUGUUGAAAUGAUAUCGGGGCUUGAUGAACAGCUGCAGAGUUUGAGGAACACUUAUCAUCAUCAUUACAAUAACCUGCGGACUUCUAUUACAGACCUGAAGAACCAUCCUCGAUUGGCGACCAUCAGGCUUCAGUUUGCUGACAACUACCAGAAAUACCUCAACACCAUCACCAACAAAGUACAGGAUCUUAACAUCCCUAGCAGAUACAACACAAUUGUAGAACACACACAGAAGAUGCUGACCUCCCGCCUGGGAGACAUCAUGAAGAGGGACGACCUCCAGCAUCUGCUUUCUCUUACUAAUGAUGCUUACCAAGAGGGUGUGUGGGCAUUUAACUACUGGCAAGUAGAGGAAAACCUCAAGCAGCACCUGCAGAGCAUCUAUGACAUCCUCAAGGAGAUGGUUGAGGAGGAGGUUCAGAAGUACAGGGAACAAUUGGUGUUUCUGGAAAAGUCCAAGGUCACAGUUUGGGAUCCUCAACAUGGUGAAAUUCAGAUAGAAUUAUACUUGCCCAUCCCAGUUCAAUCUCUGGACACACUUCCAGAAAUCCAGACGUAUGUUCAAAAGGCAAAGACUGCAAUCAGCACCUACAUCCCAGACAGGGCAACAUACCAGAGAUACAUUCCAAAGUCAUUGUGGCAGACACCUAAUGCUACAACCAGAAUGAAUGGUGAAAUAAAAACCUUGCCAAACGCUUCUCAGAGACGUCCCUUGAGAAGGUACAACGCCAUCCGUCUCUAGGACUACGACGUUCCAACGCCAACUUACCCCCUCACGGAAAAAUGAUCUAGGCAUAUUUAUUGACUAUUUAUAAUACCUAACGUUUUGUGUAAAGUGAAUGUUACUUGUAAACUAUACUGAACAGUUGAUACCAACAGAAUAUCUGGUUGUCAUACCAAUCUUCAGAAUGACAAUAAUAAAAACAUAUUAUAUUUGCUGGUUUAUAAACAAUUCCUUAACGUGGAAUGUGCUAUUAGUCCAUUGUUCAGUAAAGGUUACAGUUAGUGUGACAUAGCAGCAUGUAUUAAUUCCCUUCCAAGUCCUAAAAUAAAUAUUUGCAUUCAAA